AUGUCGUCGCCGUUCUCCCCCACGAAACGGCAAUUCUUGAUCCUGGGAGGGAUAAUCACUGUCCUCUUCGCCACCCUGCUGUGGCAGUACCCGAAGCAAGAGAAGAGCACAUAUCUCGGAGCCGAAUAUGGCCAAUCCAGUUGGCUGCAGAAGCUGUGUCCCCAAUCACCAGCGCCGAACGUCUCUACGCUCCAGACAAACUUUGACCGCCAGCGGUUACGGAGGAAGAACAUCGCGAUCGCUUCUACGUUUGGAUUCCAUCACGAUGUCUUCCUUGCGCUGGCAUGGACGAUGAAGCGAGUGUUAGGGCCAGCUGGCGGCGCCGUGCAGGUUUAUGCGAGGACCCCGUACGCAUUCGGUUUCCAGGAGAUUGUGGACGAGCUCAGGCUGUAUUCAGGGCCCGUGAAGACGCCUGAGGAGCUGGUGCAGGAUAUAACCCGGAAUAAUGGUGAAGGCAGCAUUGAUUUGGUUGUCCUUGGAACAUGCGAGGUAGACCUGCGAGGAGAUUGGCAUGAGCAACUGCUGGCCGCAUGGGAUGCACGUGAUGGCGAUCAUAAGUUUCAACUUAUCUGUAUUGUGCAUCAUGUUCUAGACACGGCUUGGCAACCUCGAAUCGCGGAGUGGUCACGUAGGGACGCCAUUCGUUUGCUGCCCAUAUCCAACCACGUCGCUCAAGGCUUCAGAAGAUCGUUCAACGAACUCGCCGACUCCAAGGAUCCGAAAAUCCGCUCAGCUGGUUACGAGUACAUCCCGAUUGACGUACAUGUUCCUAUCUUGGACGUUCCUCGUCUUCCCCAAACCUUGGCCGACAAAGUCCUGUCCAAAGCCGUAAUUCAGGGAUCGUUCAACAUGGAUCGCCGCGAUUAUGCCCAUCUAUUUGAGGACUUGAAGGACUCCCUGGCUGAGUCGCCACGAAGCUGGGGUUAUUUACCCCUCCAUGAUCGUGAUUCCUAUGUCAUCGACCCGGAAGACCCGAGCCCGUUCCAUCUCUACCUCAUCGGUUCGGGCCAUGUUGAUGUGCCCACGGAGUUGAAGAACAUCGUUAGCGUCCAUGUCAACCUUGAAUAUUCAGCCUUCUACGAGUUGAUGGGUAGUAUGGACAUAUGUAUCCCUGCGUUUGCAGAAAAUGGGUAUUAUGAACACCAGGCCAGCUCGACUUUUGCCAUGUCCCUGGAGUGCGAUGUUCCUAUACUUGUCACGCACCGUAUGCGGGCAUCAUAUACCUAUGCAGACGACGACAGAGUUGUCGUCACUCGCCCUGCGGCGAUGCGGGAAAUUGCAGCGAUCAAAGCUCUUCGUACCCGGAAGGUUGAGGACGAAUCUCCGAAUCUUCAAACAAAAAAAGCCAUGCAGGAGAUGAUGAGCAGGGGCUGGACUCGAUCCAAAAGGGAGAUGCAGUUGUUCAAGGAGGAAAUCUGGAUGCGGAACGAGAAUGUUGUACAGAGGAUAUUGGCGCAAUGA